AAUGGAAAUUCUGCUACAAAAAUGCGAAUUUCGACGAAAAUAGUUGGGUCAAUGUUUUUUUGACGAAAUGGAAGCCUAGAAUUGUGAGUUCUCUAGGACUAGAGUACCACAAGAAAGUGACAAAUAUGAAUGUAGUUUGUUGGCUAGGUUUGGAGUUGGAGUGCGAGCAUAAAAGGUGUUUGUGAGAAUUACGCAAAGAAAAGUAAACGGUGGAGAAAAAAUAUAUCUACUUCCAACCCUUUGAUUGGUAGCUCAAUCCGCUGUAAUCUUGUCGAAUUUGGAUGGAAUAAUCAUAAAGACUUUGAUUUACACUUCCAUUCCAAUCAUUCAACUCAACAUGGAGGAUUCCUUCCACUCUUCAACUCCAACUUCUGAGGAACAUCUUUUAGACCACAGAGAAGGGGCAGAGAGAGAGCAACAUGGCGCCAACACCAAGUCACACAAGAAGCUAGCUCUUCUCCCUCUGGUUUUUCUAAUCUAUUUUGAAGUUGCUGGAGGCCCCUAUGGUGAAGAGCCUGCUGUGGGGGCUGCGGGUCCCCUCAUUGCAAUCCUUGGCUUUGUGGUUUUCCCCUUCAUCUGGAGCAUCCCUGAGGCCCUCCUCACUGCAGAAUUGGCCACAACCUUCCCUGGUAAUGGUGGGUUUGUCAUAUGGGCUAAUGAAGCCUUUGGUCCCUUUUGGGGUUCCCUCAUGGGCUUCUGGAAAUUCUACAGUGGGGUUAUCAACUUAGCCUCAUACCCAGUUCUCUGCAUAGAUUAUCUCAAACUAGUGAUCCCGGCUCUGUCUUCUGGUUCACCCCGCUUUGUGUCCAUAAUUCUCUCCACUUGUACGUUGUCUUUUCUCAACUAUUCUGGUUUGGCUAUAGUGGGUUAUACUGCAGUUGCUUUGGGGGUUGUUUCCCUCUUGCCUUUUGUGUUACUCUCUUUCUUUUCCUUGCCCAAGAUUGACCCCAGCAGGUGGCUAAGUUGGGGUCAGGAGGGUGUGGAGAGGGACUGGACACUCUACUUCAACACCAUCUUUUGGAACUUGAACUUUUGGGACAGUGCCAGUACUCUAGCUGGUGAAGUUGAGGAGCCUCAUAGAACAUUCCCAAAGGCUCUGUUAUCUGCAGGGUUGCUUACAUGUUUGGGUUACAUUGUUCCCUUGUUGGCAGCCACAGGAGCUAUGCCACUUGACCAAAAAAGUUGGGUUGGAGGGUAUUUUGCAGAUGUGGCUGAGAUCAUUGCUGGGAAAUGGUUGAAAUUUUGGAUGGAAAUCGGUGCUGUUUUGUCAAUAAUUGGACUGUUUGAAGCUCAACUCAGCAGUGCUGCAUUCCAGCUUCUGGGUAUGGCUGAUUUGGGAUUCUUACCAAGAAUUUUUGGAGAAAGGUCAAAGUGGUUUAACACUCCUUGGAUGGCUAUUUUGGUCUCAACGGUUAUAGCACUCUCCGUGUGUUUCUUCUCCUUCACAGAGAUCAUAUCUACUGUGAAUUUCUUGUACAGUUUGGGAAUGCUUUUGGAGUUUGCUGCCUUCCUAAGGUUGAGGAGGAAAUUCCCAUCUUUGAAAAGACCAUUUAAGGUUCCGUUGGGGUUGUUUGGUUUGGCCCUAAUGUGUUUGAUACCCUCUGUGCUUCUGGUGUAUGUCAUGAGUGUGGCUUCAAAAAUUGUGUAUGUGAUUAGUUUCUUCUUGACCUUUCUUGGAAUUGCUUUAUAUUAUUUCAUGAAUGUUUGUAAGUCUAGGAAGUGGCUUGAAUUCAGCCGUGUUUGAGAUAAAUUGGAUGAAGAUGAUUAUGUCAUGUAGAAGUUGGUUGUGUGUGAGUAUUGAAUCUUUAUCAGAUUUAUUAGUCUGGGUGGGGAGGAAGAAUCUUUCUUCAUAUUUCUGCUAGACAAAUUGGAUUCUCUUCAUAUAUUAUGUAUAACAGUAUAAA